AUGACUCUGGGAACGUACAACAGGCACCAAGCAGAAAGAAAAAGGCAAGCGAAAUUGGCGGCUGCCUUUCCUCAAGGAAUAAAGUGCCAAAAAUGUCUCGAAUAUGGACACUGGAGCUACGAAUGCACAGGAAAACGCAAGGUCCUCGUUCGCCCUUCUCGUACGCAGCUGCUUAAGAAGAACUUGAAAGUUCAAGAGGACAAGUGCAGCAACGGCAAGUGCAAAUUACCUUCCAAAAAGAAGCGUUACUCAGACUGCCAGGACUGCUCAGAUGAUGACUCUUCAUCAUCAGACUCCUCAUCCGACAGUUCAUCUUCAGACAGUGAAUCAGGUAGCAGCAGUGAGUCAGACAGUGAGAGUGGAAGCAGCAGUGGCUCGGAAUCUGAAUCUGAUAGUGACUAG